AUAAUUACAGAAGCGUUGCCCGGAGCUGUGAAAACUGAACAAAGGAAGCAGCUGUUAGAGACGCUUUGCCCGCCUUUUUCUCAUGGAGAUUGAACAUGAAACAUGUCAUUGGAAGAAAUUGAAGCCCGAUGUCAUUAGGAAGAUAGCGUCGUUUGCAGAACCUAGCCAUGCUGCGUGCAGCAUCAAACUUGUCGACACCGACACAGCAGCGGCUUUGCGAGGAAUUUACAACCUUAUUACGCUUGGUCAGAAGCACACCGGAAACAGCGGCGAGCCCCAUCGGGCCAAGCAGCCGUGGCCCGUGUAUGCCUUCGUGGCGCACUGGGGCUGCCCCGAGCCCUGGCGCUCACUCAGCCUACCCCAGCGCGAGCGGCUGCUGUGCCUGGCCGCGUCCUCGGGCCACGCGCCCAGCCUGGAAGCGGCCCUGGCGCAGUGCGGCUGCGCCCUGAAGCCGGAGGUGCUGACGGCGGCCGCCGCAGCCGGCAACCUGGCGAGCUGCGAGAGGCUGCUGCAUGAGGGCUGCUCCUUUGACCGGGCUGCGCUGAAGGAGGCGGCUCGCGGCGGCCACCUGCAAGUGCUGCAGCUUCUGAUUAGAAACCUGGGCUUCGAAAAUGAGGCCUUGUCAGUUGUGAGGCCAAGGAGGCAGCAGGAAUGGAAGUGGGACUGCUUCGGGGAGGCGGCGGAGGGCGCCUGCGCCGGCGGCCAGCCCCACAUACUGGACUGGCUGCAGCAGGCGCACGGCUACAACCUCCGAGCGCCGGAUGUUUUGGAAGCAGCACGUGCGGGCCAGGUGGGGCUCUUCGAAGAGCUGCUGACGCGGCCGCUGCUGAUUAAAGUCGAACGGCCGCCAGAGGAUUUGUCGUUUUGGUAUCGCUACAACAUUCGCGGCAACCCGGCGGAUCUGUGGCGGCCGCCGGGCGGCGCCGCGGCCUGGGCUCGCCGGGAAUUGAACUCCAAUCUGCUGUGCGCCAUAGUCCAGGGCUGCCCCUUGGAGGUGUUGGAGCGGCACUACCCCACGCUUUGGUUGCCAGCGAUCCAGUUUUCGUCGCGGGAGCACAUGGCUGAGGCCGCCGUGGGCAGCCCCACACCCUGCUGGGCCGCCAAGCUGGACUUUCUGCUGGACGCCUGGGGACCGGAGGUGGCGGCGCGGGUGUUGGAAGUGGAGCGACCUGGCAGCCUCUGGUCUCUGCUCUACAAGGCGGCACGCCUGCCCGACUUGUGUGCGCGGCUGCGGCACCUGCACAAGCGCGGCGCGCCGCCUAGCCGGGCGGCGGUCGAGUACGCGGUCCGCGGCGGGCACGUCGACGCGCUGGCGUACCUUUUGGACGAGUGCGGGCUGAGUGUGCAGCUUGACGAUGACAGCGUGUGCAAACUGCUCCGACUGGUGAUCAACCGCUUCGCGCCGCGCGGCGUUGCGGCGGUGCUGCAGCUGCUGCGAGACCGCGGUGCGCGGCUGGUCGGCUGGCGGCUGGCGGCGCAGAUCCAAGACCAGGAGGCGCUUUGCUGGCUGGCUGAGAACGCGGCGGAGGACAGCGAGGAGCAGGAGCAGGAGCAGGAGCAGGAGCAGUGGCAGGAGCAGGAGCAGGAGGAGAUGAAGGAGGUGAAGAAGCAGGAUGGGCAGGAGCAGGGGAAUGCAGGGGGCACGGCGGAGGGGGUGCCGCCGGCGGAGGGGCGUGGGCGGCAGCGGCGGGUGACAGCAGCAGUGCGGGUGGCCUGGUCGGGGGCGUUCGGCUGGGCGGCACGGCAAGGGGCUGGUCUGACGCUGCUGCGUGCGCUGCGCGCUCGCGGCGCGGCGAUGGACCUGGGUGCGGUGGCGGAGGGCGGCGGCGAGGAGGCGCUGGAGUGGGCGGCGGCGGAGCUGGAGGCGGAGGGCCGAGCGCCGCAGGCUCUCUCCGUGGCGCAGGCAUGUGCCGUGUUUUGUGCCGGCAACGCCGCCGCUCUUCGCUGGCUGCAGCACAGGCGCCUGCUGCCGCCUGCACCGGCGGGGCCGGCGGGCGCGACGGUGGGCUGGCUGUCGGCCGUGCAGCGCCCCAACAACUCCACAUUCUGGCAUUGGCAGCUCUCGGGCCGUCUGCAGGAGGAGCGGGAGGAGCAGGCGGUGGUGGAGGGGGAGGUGGUGGAUGGGGAAGUGGUGGAGGGCAAGGUGGUAGGGGAGGAGGCGGUACAAGGGGAGAAGGAGGCGGCGGUGGAGGUGGUGCAAGGGCAGGCGCAGGGGCUGGGGCAGGGGCAGGAGAGGGAGGCGGCGCGGGGUGAGGGCGUGUGUGUAUGGGCGGCAACUCUGUCAAGCCUGAGGGCGGAGCUGGCGGCGGCGCCGACGUCAAGCCGCGCAAUAGAGAAGGGCGUGCUGGUCGUGCCGUACCAGGAGCGAUGGCUGCAGGCGCAGGCGUCGUGAGGCGUGUGUGUGUGUGUGUGUGUGUGUGUGUGUGUGUGUGUGUGUGUGUGUGUGUGUGUGUGUGUGUGUGUGUUGCUUUAAGGAGCCUUAAGCUUCACGGUAAUUGGUGUCAAGGAUUUGAGGUGAGUAAGAUAGGCGUCGGGAGGACGAGCCGGGGAGAGGCGGCGGGGCAGUAGUGUGGUUAGGGGCGUCAGGGCCGCAUGCCAUAAAAUGUGGCUGCGGAAUGUUAUGGGCACUGUGCGAAAGAGGUGGUGUGUGUUGCUUUGGAAGGCAGUAGAAGGACGGACCAGAGGCCACAAAGUAGGCAGACAGGGUGUGCGGGCGACCAAGGUUAGCUUCCUGCGUCGGCCAUGCUUGGGGCCCGCGGAGCUUGGGCCCGGCGCCGACGUGUAGGGUGACCGAUGGUGCGGUCGCGCGCCUUUUUGGUCCUCCCUUCGAAGUGGCUGUGUGAAGGCCGGGGCCGAAGGGUGUAAUUACUUCAAAGC